UUCCCAGGGUGCACUGCAACAAGAAGCGCCUCAUCUCGCCUGCGCAAUGUUUGGCUUAAAGUCUCGACGGCCUGCAGGGAGCGUUGUAUCCUGAAGGUUAAAAUUGCUGCGAAUGUGGACAGGGCAGGACAAAUAAGAACCCCCUCCUCCACCGCUGGCUAUGAUAGGAGAGGCUGGAAAGAUACUGAGAGGGAACCCCUUCUCCUCCAUUGCUGUGGCUCCUCAUAUGACCUCAGUAUUUGUCAGGUUCGACUCCAGCCAUGGUUUCCCAGUGGAGGUUGAUUCAGACACCAGCAUCUUCCAGCUCAAGGAGGUGGUUGCUAAGCGACAGGGAGUUCCAGCUGACCAGUUGCGUGUGAUUUUUGCAGGGAAGGAGCUCAGGAAUGACUUGACACUGCAGAGCUGUGACCUGCCCCAGCAGAGUAUCGUUCAUAUUGUUCAGAAUCCACAGAAAAAGAAUGAAGAGGUUGAGACAGAAAGCAAAAAUGUAAGUGGCAUUAUAACAAGCAGAAAAGCUGAAAGCCUCACUCGUGUGGAUUUUAGUACUAGUCUCCUACCUUCUAACUCUGCUGGGCUGGCUGUGAUUUUAGACACCAUGGACGAUGGCAUUUCCUCUUCAUCUGGCAAUUCUGGUGCUGCUAAGUACAACUGUUUUUAUGUUUUCUGCAAAAGCUUCUGUCAAGCUGUGAAACCUGGAAAGCUACGGGUCCGUUGCAAAACUUGCAAGCAAGGGACAUUGACUCUGGCAAGGGGUCCAUCUUGCUGGGAAGACGUUCUGAUUCCAAACAGAAUAACUGGCAUUUGCCAAUCAAGAAACUGCAGUGGAGAAGUAGCGGAAUUCUACUUUAAAUGUGGAGCACACCCAACCUCUGACAGUGAGACAUCUGUGGCACUGAACCUCAUUACAACAAAUAGUCGGUGCAUAUCAUGUAUAACCUGUACAGAUGUUCGGAGUCCUGUAUUGGUAUUCCAGUGCGUCCAUCGCCAUGUCAUUUGCCUGGACUGUUUUCAUUUAUAUUGUGUGACUAUGCUGAACAAUCGCCAGUUUGUCCAUGACCCUGUUCUUGGCUACUCCCUCCCAUGUGUGGCUGGCUGUCCAGAUUCCUUGAUUAAAGAGCUGCAUCACUUCAGAAUUCUGGGCGAGGAGCAGUAUAACCGUUACCAGUGCUAUGCUGCAGAAGAAUGUGUUCUGCAGAUGGGUGGUGUCCUGUGUCCUACCCCAGGAUGUGGAGCUGGCCUGCUUCCUGAACCAGAAGUGAGAAAGAUAGUGUGUGAGCCAAGUAAUGGAAUGGGCUGUGGGUUUGCGUUCUGCCGUGAAUGUAAAGAAGAAUACCACGAAGGAGAAUGUCGCACUGUCCUCGAAACUCAAGGAGCCACAGCCCAAGAGGGAUAUGAAGUUGAUGAGCAUGCAGCCAUACAGGCCCGGUGGGAAGAGGCAUCCAAAGAAACAAUCAAAAGAACAACCAAACCAUGCCCUAAGUGCCAUGUUCCAGUGGAAAAGGAUGGUGGAUGCAUGCAUAUGAAGUGUCCACGACCUCAGUGCAGAUUUGAGUGGUGUUGGAACUGUAGCCUGGAGUGGAACAGGACUUGCAUGGGAGAUCAUUGGUUUGACUGAUCACCAAACAGCACUACAAACAUGACAAUAUGCUGGUACAAUAGAAUGUAGAAGCACAAGCCCAACUGCUUCCACCAGGGUCAAAUCCUGAAUUUCUUGGUCUGGGAGUGAAUUCUUCAUUAGCCCCAGAUUUAAAGAAUUCAUGAUACAAACAGCUCUUUAUUCAUUUACCUACAUAUCUGAUCUAAUCAUUAUCUAUUCAGAUGGUCCUUAUGUUUCCUAACUUCACAAUGACACAAAAAACUUCAGAGGGUGCAGGCCUGACUUGCCUUGCUUCACCAGUACUCCCUUGUGGUGUUUGCUCCUUUGGAGUAAUGUUACCAGUGUCUGUUCUUCUUUUUGAUUGGUUUGUUCUUUGAUGAAAAAAGUGGAUUGCUGUAAGUAUUUUAUUGGCCACACUUGAUGAAGACAUGCAGAAGUCGCUCACUCAAAGCUGUUUUAACAGUUACGGUUUUAUGCCAGUCAAUGUUUCAGUUUGUUACUAGGCUUAGUGCUUCACAACUUCCCUUUGAAAAGAAUAGCUCAGUCACAUAUAGGUUUUCAGUUGUAGCCCCAAUAGAUAUGGCAGAAGCUGUAGAUGCUACUUUUUGGGGGCCUGUUUAGCAUGAUUUCCCAUAACACCUGCAUUUUCAGCAUAUGCUGUGAGAGGCCACCUAGUGCAAUAUUACACUUUCAUACAGUAUGUUUCCAUGUUGGCAUCAAUUAAAGUUGGGUGGCACUGCACAUUUCCACUCCACAGGUGUUCUGCUUGGUGCAGAAUCGUUAGACCUAUAGUGUUACAUGAGUUAUAUUUGGAAAUACAAUUCAUUUUUGACAAAACUUUCUGACAUGUCUCUGGGGAAGUUAAAAUUAUGUUUUAAAAUAUCUUGUUUUAAAAAUGUUGUAUCCAUGGUCAAAAUUUCUGGAUGAAAUGCAAUGCUGCCAUCUCACACAUGGAACGUUUUUUGAUCCGAUGGAGGCAUCUGCUCAUAUAGAAGAUUCUACCAUUCCCACUUCCUGCUGCACCCCCUGUGUUCCCCAAAUAUGUUCCAGGGGAUUGGGGAACCCUCAAAAUAGCUGGGGGACUACAAUGGGAAAGGGGAGACAGACAUUUGCUUCCCCUCCUUUUAUUUUAGCAGAUGUCUCCACUGGAUCACAAGGCAUUCCACAAGCAGGACAGCAGCAUGGUUUUUCACCCCCCGUAAUGUCUGAUGUUCUUAUAUGCUACUUACAGACCUCACUGAAUCAGCCCUAAAUUUACU